CACAUAUAUGCUCAACUUUACAAACUAACGUACAGAUCCUAGCCGAACCGCAGUUCUUUUUGCUACCUUCGCCACCCACGGCAUUUAUAUCAUCUACCGUUAAUAGUAUUUAGCGAAGCCUUCAGUACUGCGCAAUGUCAACCACGACUCCAAAGUUCAACUCCAAAUCCCCCACCAUCCGCCGUAUCCUCCGCGAAGCCCACGAACUCACCAGCUCCCCGUCGGCCGACUACCACGCGGUCCCGCUCGAGACGGACCUGUUCGAGUGGCACUUCACCCUGCGCGGGCCGCCCAAGUCGCCCUUCGAGUCGGGCAUCUACCACGGCCGCAUCGUGCUCCCGCCCGGCUACCCGCUGCGCCCGCCCUCCUUCCGCUUCCUGACCCCGUCCGGCCGGUUCGAGACCAACCGGGAGAUCUGCCUCAGCAUCUCGGGCCACCACGAGGAGACCUGGCAGCCCGCCUGGGGCAUCCGCACCGCCCUGGUCGCCCUGCGGACCUUCAUGGAGACGGACGUCAAGGGCCAGCUGGGCGGCCUCGAGAGCGGCGAGGCCGUGCGCCGCCGGCUGGCCGCGGAGAGCAGGGCGUGGCGGUGCGGCGUCUGCUGCGGGGGCAAGACCAACGCCGAGAUCCUGGCCGAGUGCGAGGAGAGGGUCAAGGAGAGCGGCGGGGAGGGGAGAGGAAGGGAAGAAGAGGUCCAGGUGCCGGAGGAGCUGAGGAUGGGGUGGCGCGACGAGAUGGAGGCCGAUCAGCGAGGCUCGGGCCAGCAGAGCCAGGACGACCGGGACGGAGAGAGCGACGCGCUGGCCGAGGGGUUCGUGCAGACUACCCCGUCGGGGGAAACGUCAGCGAGUGGACAGCACCAGCUACACGAUCAGCAACGACAACAACAACAACAACAAGAACAACAACAACAACAACAACAACAACAGUUUGCACAAGGGAGCACCGUGCCGCAGCCGCCGACAAGGACAACGCCUUCGUCAAGUCCGCUAGAAGCGACGACAGCCGGCCCGGCGCUGCAGCAAGCUCGGCAGGGGCCGGUGGAUGAGACGACAGUGUGGCUGGACCGGCUGAUCUUUGCCGUGGCUGUUCUCCUGGCUGCUGUGGUCGCCAAGGUCAUGCUGGCAUGAGCUUGGUGCUAUGGCGGGUCUCCCUUUCAAGUAAGUCGUUUUUCAACAUGGCCAGGCCAUGGAAUUGGUUUUAGCGUUGCAUAGACAAAGAUUGUUUCCAUCCAUGACAACUCGAAUGUUUUACCUGAGUCC